UUUUUAUCACAGUUGGACACGACAUUCUAAUAAAUAAAAUCCAAUAAUCCUAACUUCUAAUAAUAUUAUUAAAAGUUGUAAAAUUUAAUUUAAUUAGUAUUUUAAAUAAUAUAAUGAAAUAAAAGGUUUGAAAUUGUUUAGCUUCCAAUUAAAAUAAUAAUGGAUUGUUCUCUGUUGGAACCAACAUUAUAUACAAUCAAAGGUAUGGCUAUAUUGGAUAACGAUGGAAAUCGCAUUUUAGCCAAAUACUAUGAUGGUAAUAUAUUUCCCACGAUAAAGGAGCAAAAAGAAUUUGAAAAAAAUUUGUUUAAUCGAACUCAUAGAGCAAAUGCAGAGAUUAUCAUGUUAGAUGGUAUUACAUGCUUGUACAGAAGUAAUGUUGAUUUAUUUUUUUAUGUUAUGGGAAGUUCUCAUGAAAAUGAAUUGCUCUUAAUGAGUGUGCUACAGUGUAUGUAUGACUCAAUCAGUCAAAUCCUUAGAAAAAAUGUUGAGAAGCGUGUAGUACUUGACAACUUGGAUGUUGUUAUGUUGGCAUUAGACGAAAUAUGUGACAAUGGUAUCAUUUUGGAAGCUGAUUCUGGAGCUGUGGUUCAAAGAGUUGCAUUACGAGCUGAUGACAUUCCAAUUGGAGAGCAAACAGUUGCUCAAGUGUUCCAAUCAGCAAAAGAGCAAUUAAAAUGGUCAUUAUUAAAAUAGUACUUGAAUUAUUCAAGUUUUUUUGGAUAUAAAAUAACAAUAAAUACACUACUACUAUAAUUGUUGUUUAAAUUACAUUAUAAUUAUAAUUUUAUAUGCAUUAUAAAGAUGAUUAAUAAAUAUAUUAUAUGCAUUAAUAAUUACUGUUUUUGGGAAAAUUGCAAUUUUGCUUCUAACCAAUUGGCAAAUUGUAAUAGUCGUACAUCAGAAAAAUUUGGUGCCAUUAUUUGUAUACUGAUUGGCAUCUGGUCAGAUGAUAAUUUAACUGGUAUUGUAAUUGCUGGACAUCCUUCAAAAAAUAAAAAUUUAUGUUUAAGGUAAACUAAUUGUUAGUAUUAAAAUGUUACAAUAUAAUAUAUUGUUUUAUCUAUUUCUAUGUUUAAUUUAUACAAUUAUAUUUACACUACUAAAAAUUAGGUUUAAAUAGAUUAUAAUCACAUAUUA